UUACAGAUGUGUGUAUAUUUAUUAUUGAAUCGGAACCGUAAGUCGAGUUUAGAAAUCGACUUUCACAUUUUUUAAGUUAGAUAGUGACGUUGACGAUCUGCGUAUUAGUUAUUACUGGUUUGGCUAGUUGAGAAAAAAUAGAAUAAUCUAUACCCUUGUAAAAAUUCAUAUAUUUUUGAAAUUACUUACUUUGUGGAGCUGAAAUCGAAUUUUAAACAUGACAUUUCGUCUCCAACCUUCACAAUAUCCACGAACUUGCAGCUUAAAAGAGCAAGUUGAAAGCGUUGAACACGAUUUAUUACAUUUAGGAAAUAAAAUUCGUGGACUUGAAGAUGCAUUGGACAAUCCUGACAUUAACCCAACAUUACGCGCAGUGUUAGAAGAGGAAAUCUUAGUGUUGAAAGCCGAAGUUGAUAAACAUAAAGAAAACGUUAAAACCUUCCACAAAGACAAAUCUAAACAGAUAGGCAUAAUUGCCAUCAUAAUCUUUAAUAUAUUAAUAGUAUUCACUAUGUACAGACUAUUUUAUGCUUGGUAUUAAAAAAAUUCGUAUUCAAGAUCGAUAGUUUUAUACAUUGAAUAAUUAUAAUGUAAGUUAAUAAAAAAAAAUUAAAUUUCCUGGUUCUAUCCUUUAA